CACUGUGGCCAAAGCACCUCCCUGGUGCCUUUACAGCUACCCCCAAAGCCGGGCCCUCUGACCCGGAAGAGAAAGCCCCCCCUCUUCCCCAGUCUUCCAGUUGUACUUUGGAGGUCUCUGUACAUGUUCAGAAGUCCCUCCCCGGCCAGGUCUCGAACUCGCGGCCUAGAACCGAGUCUGGGGCUUUGGCUCCGGGUUUUAACCCCGCCCCUCGCCCCUCGCCCCUCGCCCCUCGCCCCAAACCUGUUCCAUUUCCCUCCAUGUUGAGCCUUGAGGCGAGCCGGGCCAUGGGGGGAGUUUAAACACAGGGCCAAGGAGGCCUGGCCUGGCUGUGUGGCUCGCAGCUGCAGCCGGUUCUCUCUUAUCUCUGGCCCGGAUCUCUGCGCGUCUCUCUCGACUCAGUGGCCCGCGGAGAAAUGGGCGCUUCCAAGCCAGUGCGCACACCGCCGGGGGGCCGUAGGGGAGGCGGGACGGGGGGGAGGCUGCUCGUCUGGGUAGCUGGUGGGGUAGUUUGGCUGGCUGGCUGGCUGGCAGGCCGGGAAGGGUCCCCCCCUCCCCCCUCUCUCUCUCUGUGUUGUUUUGUUGUGGUUCUUUUCCUGCCUGGGGAGGUAAAAGCGAAAGGCUCAGCCAAGAGGCGCUCCUGCCCGGCCCCGAAGUCCCGGCCCAUGUGAGCGAGCGAGCGGGCGAGCGAGUGAGUGCGCGGCGGCGGGUCUGUCGGGGGCUGCCUAAUAGGAAAUAGUAAAAGCGCUCAAGCAGGUCAGACUUCUGUUCCUGCCCUGAGUGCAGAGGCCGCCAGAGCGUCCGGGGACGGAGUAAGCUGCGAGUAAGCUGUGAGUAGGGCGGCGCGAGUCGAGCCAGGCGGCGGCCCGGGGCCUCGGCCGGCCCUGCUCCUCCUCCUCCUACUGCUGCUGCUCCGGCUCCUGCGGCGGCGCCUCGGCUGGUCCCCCGCCCUCCGAUGAGCUCCUACUUCGUCAACCCGCUCUACUCCAAGUACAAGGCGGCCGGCGGGGACGAGCCGCCCAUCAAUCCCGCGUACUACGACUGUCACUUUGCGCCCGCCGCCGCCGCCGCCGCUGCCGCCGCCCUGCUCUACGGGAACAGCGCCGCUGCCGCCGCUGCCGCCGCCGCCGCCGGCUUCCCCCCGCCACCGCAGCAGCCCCCGCCCGGCCCGGGCCCAGCAGGAGGAGGAGGCGGCGGCGGCGGCGGCGGAGGCCCGGAGUUCUAUCCCCACCACCACCACCACCAGCCUCUCCACCAGCACCACCAGCACCACCACCCGCAGCCCCCGCAGCACCUGGCCGGGGGGGCCCCCUCAGCCUACCCGCCGCCGCCUCCGCAGCCCCCCUGCGCCGGCCCGCCUUGUCCAGGGGAGCCGGCCAAGUUUUACGGAUACGAUAACUUACAGCGACAGGCGCUUUUUACGACACACCAAGAGGCCGAGCUGGUCCACUACGCGGACUGUAAAUCGUCCGGCGCGAACCUUGGCGAGGAACCAGAGCGCUUAAAUCAGGGCGCGUCGCCGGCUCCCCUCUUCCCCUGGAUGAGACCGCAAGCAGCUCCUGGUAGGCGGAGAGGAAGGCAAACAUACAGUCGCUUCCAGACUCUGGAGUUGGAGAAGGAGUUCCUUUUUAACCCUUAUCUGACCAGGAAGAGACGGAUCGAGGUCUCUCACGCGCUGGGACUCACAGAGCGGCAGGUCAAGAUCUGGUUUCAGAACCGGAGGAUGAAAUGGAAAAAAGAGAACAGCAAAGACAAAUUCCCAGCGGCCAGGCAAGAGGGAAAGGAAGGCGGGGAACCGCAGAAGGAAACUCAGGAAGAUCUAGAAGGCAGAGGGGAUGGCUCCACCAAGACAGUCCUGUGCUAGGCGAGAAUUUGUUUGAUUUGCUCCUGCGACUUCUCCGGAGUCCCAAUCAACUUUUGCACACCUUAUUUUCUUCAUUUGGAAUUCGACAACUUUAAAGGAACCCAACCUAGCGAUUUUGUACGUGGUUUUCUUACGGGGGGGGGAGGGGGGAUUUUCUCUUCUGCUCUGAGGACGAAUUGUCAGAUCUAUUUUAAGAAUCGAAUCAGCAAAGUUUUGCACCUGUAUUUAUCUCGAAAUUUCUCUCCCACUUAUUUUUUUAAUUGUAAAUUAAUGAACAGAUUUAAAUGAUUCCCCCCCCAAAAGAACUACCAUACAAUGAAACCUUUUUAAUGAUCAGUAAGUUAUCGAAAUAAAACAAAAGAUUUAUUCCUGUGCAAACAA